CAAAAUAUUUUCCUCAACGAUUUUGAUUUCGAAAAGCUAGGCAUCGGCGGUUUGGACGCCGAAUUCAACCGCAUCUUUCGACGGGCCUUUGCGUCACGAAUCUGGCCACCGCACAUUAUUCAGCAAAUGGGCAUUGCGCACGUGCGUGGUAUGCUGCUCUAUGGACCGCCGGGCUGCGGAAAAACACUCAUUGCGCGCCAGAUUGGCAAGGCGCUCAAUGCGCGUGAACCGAAAAUUGUCAAUGGACCGGAGAUUCUCAACAAAUUCGUUGGCGGGUCGGAAGAGAAAAUUCGGGAGCUCUUUAAAGAAGCCGAGCAGGAACAACUGGAAAUGGGAGAUAAUUCUAUGUUACACAUUAUCAUUAUGGACGAGAUGGACGCCAUUUGCAAGCAGCGUGGGACGGUUAAGGAUGGAACGGGUGUACAGGACUCAGUAGUUAACCAGUUGCUCUCCAAGAUCGAUGGUGUUGAUUCGCUCAACAAUAUCUUGUUAAUUGGCAUGACUAAUCGUAAAGACAUGAUUGAUGAUGCCUUAUUGCGGCCCGGGCGUCUCGAAGUACACGUGGAAAUUGGAUUGCCCGAUACGGCCGGUCGCUUGCAGAUUCUUAAUAUUCACACGAGGAACAUGCGCAAGGCUAACCGGGUCCUGCAGGAUGUCUUGGACCGGUUGCCUGAACUAGCCGAACGGAGCAAGAACUUUUCCGGUGCCGAGCUUGAGGGUCUCGUCAAGGCCGCAUCAUCGUACGCCUUGACACGCUGCGUAGACGUUAAGGACUUGACUAAGGCACCCGAUACGAAGAAUUUGAUGUUGCGCUGGGAAGACUUUGAACGCGCUCUGGAAGAUGUGGAGCCCAAAUUUGGUGCCAAGAGCCAAGAACUCAAGGCUUAUUACCGGAACGGAUUUGUUCCAUACGGCGAAUCGUUUGAUUUACUCAUGGGCACUUUGGAGCGGUUGGUGGAACAAGUACGAACAUCGACACGAACGCCGCUCAUGUCAGUCUUGUUGCAAGGCCCACCAUCGGCGGGGAAGACAGCCAUCGCUGCGAAAGCGGCCGUCGAUUCGGGGUACCCUUUCGUACGCAUGAUUUCCGCAGAUGAAAUGAUUGGGUACUCAGAUGUGAGCAAAUCCCAAAUGAUUCACAAGGCGUUCAUGGACUCGUACAAGUCACCAUUGUCGCUAAUUUUUAUUGACGAUCUUGAACGCAUUAUUGACUACGUUCCAAUUGGACCACGGUUCAGUAACACUGUACUGCAGACACUCUUGAUUUUGCUGAAAAAAGUUCCGCCGGAUGAAGGGCGUCGUUUACUGGUGAUCGGUACCACGUCUUGCCCACAUUUACUAGAGGAUUUGGGAUUGGUCCAAGCAUUCGGGGUCACGCAAAGCAUUCCUUUGUUGGACGAUCCUGUGAACGUUGUGGAGGUGCUGCGUACCGCUGCUCAUAUGAGUGAAAUGGAUGCACAGGCCAUUGCCAAAGCCAUCAACAAGCCUAUUGGUAUUAAGCAGCUUUUGAUGGUUGCCGAAAUGGCGAAACAAGGAUCAGAAGGUGGUCGCGUGGAUCCUAGCGUUUUUAUGGAAUGCCUUCAUACAGUUGGGUAUUAA